AGCACCUUGCCCGCUUCCAAGAUGGCGGAGUGACGGUUAUUAUCUAAUGUCAGGUGGUGAGCGAGUUGAAAGGCGACGGCGGAGAAGGAGGAGGGUCUCCUCGGCGCCGGGAAGAUGGCAGAAAGCGAGCGGCAGACCGAGAGGUGUGAAAGGGAGAAGGACGUCUGCGUAGAACAAGUUGAGCCGCUCAGAUUCCAAGAGCAGCAGGGCACAAAAGAAUCCCCUGAGGAGGCAGUGCCUCUACCCUGCCAAAACUUCAUAGUCCCCAAAAAGGAAAUCAACAUGGUUCCUGACAUGGCAAAAUGGAAACGUUCUCAGGCAUAUGCAGAUUAUAUGGGCUUCAUCCUCACCCUGAAUGAGGGCAUUAAAGGCAAGAAACUGACUUGUGAAUACAAAGUCUCUGAGCCUAUCGAAAAACUGGUUGAUCUCCUCAACACGCUUGACAGGUGGAUUGAUGAGACCCCACCGGUGGACCAGCCAUCCCGCUUUGGCAACAAGGCCUUCCGGACGUGGUACGCCAAGCUAGACCAGGGAGCAGAGAAUCUGGUUGCCACUGUGAUUCCCAAAGAAUUGGCAGGAGCUGUUCCUGAGGUGGCUGUGUAUCUGAAAGAAUCAGUUGGGAACUCUACACGCAUUGACUACGGGACAGGCCACGAAGCAGCAUUUGCCGCAUUCCUCUGUUGCCUUUGCAAGAUUGGUGUUCUCCGAGUGGACGACCAGCUGGCCAUUGUCUUCAAAAUAUUCAACAGGUACUUGGAGGUCAUGCGAAAACUCCAAAAAACCUAUCGGAUGGAACCAGCCGGCAGCCAAGGAGUCUGGGGUCUAGAUGACUUUCAGUUCCUGCCUUUCAUAUGGGGCAGCUCACAGCUGAUAGAUCACCCAAAUCUUGAGCCUCGACAUUUUGUCGAUGAGAAGGUGGUGAAUGAAAACCAUAAGGAUUACAUGUUUCUUGAGUGCAUCCAGUUCAUUACAGAGAUGAAGACGGGUCCAUUUGCGGAGCACUCCAACCAGCUGUGGAACAUCAGUGCUGUCCCUUCUUGGUCCAAAGUCAACCAAGGCCUGAUCCGCAUGUACAAAGCUGAAUGUCUGGAAAAGUUCCCUGUGAUCCAGCACUUCAAGUUUGGCAGCCUGCUUCCCAUCCAUCCUGUCGCCUCUUAAGAAGAAGGUUUCCGUUUUGCGGAGAGGGAGACGCCGGAGUGAGUGGGGUGCAGUCGGAGCCCCUUUUCCUGUUCACCCCGAAUCCCUCUGGCUCUUGAGCGUGUUCAUUCGUUUGUGGGGCAGAAGAGACGAAAGAAGUCUUUCUGAAGCACUUGAAAGGCCUCCCGUCGAAGAAGGGAAGGGAAGAAGGGAAAAGCCAACACCCAAAACCCAUCUCAAAUGCAAGAGCUAGACUUGACUCUGGACCACAUCCUUCUCCCCCUGCACCGAACCCACCCUUUGCUCUGGCAUAUCCGGCACACUUGCUUUUCUUCCUUCUUUUUAAUUUAAAGGGAAAAAAGGCCUGCUGUACCCUGAUCUGAGGAAAUACAAGUGCAUUAGAUGGAGGGGUUUGAGAUCUGA